UAGACUCAAAAAGCUCUCGGCAAUACCUCACUCCACAUCCACUUCACUCCAUUUCUUUCUUUGGUCACAAUCUCGAUCAAUCCCAACAAGCAAGCAAGCAACAGAAUACAUUCUCAUUAGCUCAAUCAUUCGUUAGCCACCAUGGACCACUCGUACAGUCAAAGCAACAGCAACAAGAAGCGGGAAGUCACAUCGACCCUGCAAGCGCUCUGUCGACAAGAAGAAUCAGCCUACAAGAUUAGUGGCAACUACUUGACGUCGACAGAGGAUGCCAAAGUCUCCCGUCGUCGUGGCAAAUGCCGUGCCGCCAUGGUGACUUGGUUCAUUACCGUCGUCGAUUAUCUCGAGUUUGAACGGGAAACGGUCGCCAUUGCACUCAACUUUUUGGAUCGAUUCUUGGAAACCCCGCAAGGCAAAGUCUGUUUGACAACGACGCCGCGGCAAUUCAAAAUGGCCGGCAUGACGUGUCUCUACACCGCUAUUAAAGCGCACGAACCCGAAGCCAUUGAACCGGAUCUCGUCGUCGAACUCAGUGGCAAUUUGUGUUCGGUAGAAGAUAUUGAAGCCAUGGAACGGACCAUUCUGGCGGCGCUCGAUUGGCGGGUCAAUCCUCCUACCGCACUCGCAUUUUGUCGUCAAUUGUUGGGCAUUGUCCCCAAAGGCGUUGUUAGUCGCAAAGAUUGUGCGGCGUUGCUCGAGUUAGCACAAGUGCAGACCGAAUUGGCCGUCUCGGAUCCGCGGCUUAUCACUACCCCGCCGUCGUUGCUCGCGUUGGCGAGUAUCUUUAACGCCCUCGAAUCGAGCAGCAAACAUUCCAAUACGGAAACCCUCGAUGAUCUCAGUCAAUUGUUCUUUGUGGCGUUGGCGGGACGCACGUUGGAUAUGGACGAUGUCUUUGAUGUACAAGAUGUGCUCGAUGACAUCAUUCGACAGCACAACCAGCCCAAGAAUUCGAGUAACUCGAAACGCGCCUCACACGAAGAACAAGACAAGGCCGUGACAGAAGAAGAUGCCACUUCGGAACACGACGAAGACGAAGAAGAGGUCGUCACGGUGGCAUCGCCCACUACACCCGCCAAGGAAAUGGCACUCGCCAUGGCAGCCGCCGCGGCGGCGGACACCGCAGCAGCCACCAAGAAAUCGAACGUCAAGACACGGCCCUUGCCAAAGGUCGUGUCGCCCUGUAGACCCACGCCAUGUUGCGGCAGACCGGGAACGGCAGAAGCAGCAUGAACGAAACAAAAACGAGCAAGGGAUCUACUCUAGUAGUACAUACGGGAAUUGUAAAAAGCUUAAAACGACUAUUCAUUCAUACUAACUAGCUACUCUAGACUGUACAAAGAACUGAAUAAUAUUAUGCAAGCCUCCAGCUAAUAGCAC